AAUUUGUAUGUUUUUCAAUCAGUCUUAGGUUAUUUUACGUGCAUAGAAUGAGGUUUUUGUUUGGAGUGUACUGAACGUGUAGGAACAUGUGGAGGAAGGUCAGGUCAGGUUAGGUUAGUGGAGGGCAGGACAUUCUCAGCUGUGACAAAUCAGUUAUUUCAUUAUGGUGACUAAUGUUUGUCUUGCCAUGGUUGUAAUGUAGAUGAUAAUUCGCAAGGAGUGAUGAAAAAUAUUGACAAAUGUACGGGGAGGUCAGGUCAGGGUAGGUUAGUGAAGAAGAGAUCAUUCUCACCCGUGACGGAAAUAAGCGGUACUUCAUUGCGGGAAUUCGUGUUUGUCAUGUCAUGCUUAAAAUAUAGUUGAUAAUUCUUUGGGAGUGAUGGGUGGAUAUUGAAAAAGUCCAUGGGAAGGCCGAGUCAGGUUAGUUGAGUGGAGGUAGGUGACAGAAACCAGCGGUAUUUAAUCACGGGCAUUACUGCUUGUCUUGUCGUGCCAGUACCAUAGAUGAGCAUACUUGAGUGAUGUGUCUGCAUAUGCAAUGCAGUAGAUCCUCAUGUAGUGUGGUUGGUGAGGACUGGUCAUUACCCUGCUGGGGUUCAGAAGACUGAGGUGUGAGGGAGUGCUUGUGGGUCUUACACAGAUGGCUUCAGACAGCGAUGUGGAGGCAUACUUGAACCAGCUGAGCCGUAAGACACACCACCUGAAGCAGAACAGCCGGCCAUGGGAAGACUCUGCAUCCUCUGUGUCAGGUGCCGAUCACCCACCUGACGACUUGAGUGUGUCAAGUGACCUCUCCCUGCAUGUGGAUUCCAGGGCACCUAAGACUCACUCACACCAGAAGACAGCCACAGGGGGACUCCUCUCAGACAUCACAGCUCUCAGUGACAAGUACAGCGGUAGUAAGGAUAAGAAGUCUCCCACCAAGGAUAAAUUCAGUACUUUAGAGGAAAAAUAUUUGAGAAAGUAUAAUAUAAAUGCUUCUGGUCCUAAAAAUCAUGAACCAUCAAGAGAAACUAAGCAGAGGAAAAAUGCAGCGGAAAAGGAUCAAGCUGACAAAUCUGACCUUCGUGUUACUCCCAAAGCAAGUAAAGGUGCCAAUUAUGAUUCUUCAGAGGAUAUUGAUGAUGAAAACUUAGCACACUAUCUGAGUGAAGUGACAUUAACCAGUGAAAAGCUUGGCAGUGAUAAGGAGAGUACUGCUGCUGGUAACAGUGAAACAAAUGACAGCUCAGAUGAUGUGCUAAAUCUGAAGAAUGUAAUUGAUGUAGAGGAACUGUUAGGGGAGGAAGAGGACAGUGGCAGAUCCUUACAUGAUUCCCCAGCUCAUUAUUCUGUUAAGAGUGAUGACAUUGCAGGCAGAAACAAACCUCAGCCAGACAACAAACUCACAGGAAAGCCACAAAGCAAGGCAGCUAAAGUUUCCAAAGAUGAGCAAGCAGGAGCAUCAGGAGGAGCUAAUCUUUUUGCCUCCUCCAAGUCAAGCUUAUUUUACUCUAGACAAAAGGAUGGGGAGGAAGAGGAGGAGGAGGACGAGCCCCACACAGCUGUAAGAUUACUUUUACCUCAAGCUGGCAGUGAUGUUUUCCACUCCUCCCGAAGAAAGUCCUCGCUGAGCUUUGAUGCAAUAAAUGAAGGGAAAAUAAAGCUCCUGAAGCCCUCUAAGCAAACCAUCAAGGGAAAAACAAAGGUAAGGCACAAAUCAGCAUCUGAAGGUACCAUUGCCACAGCGUCUGACAGCCAAAUAUCAGAGCAAGUUCCGGCCAGCGAGAUGGAAGAGGAUGCCUUGUCCUACAGAAGGGAUGCCUCAGGAGGAACACAGGAGUCCACAGUUGUCUCAGAAGUACAAGAAAACUCGCAGGUCUCCACGUCAGCAAGUACUGUGAAAAGUGAAAGAAGCAAACAAAGUGGAGGAAGCAAGAGGCACAGUAUUAGCUCCCAAACAAGACAUUCUGUUACUUUAUCUUCGAAAGCAUCUCACAGAAAACACCAGGAGUCUCGUUCCUCUAAAAAUGAUGAGUCUGAACAUAGAAGCAAGAGCCAUAAGCAGAGUCACCACCUACACCGCCGCCACCAUCACCACAAGGCAAGGAAAGCACACAAAACAUCACACAGAAAGCAUAAGGAAACUGAGAGAAUGACAAGGAAAAGCAGAAAGAAGCACAGAUCUCCCUCUUCAUCAUCAUCAUCAUCAUCAUCAAGUGAGUCAUCAUCUUCCACGUCUGAGCCCUCCCGACGCAGAUCUCACUCCCACAAGCACUCCAGCAGAAGGGCAGCUUAUGGACACUGGGGCAAGCCUCCCUUCCUGCAGCCUGGCAUGUGGCCCUGCUGCUGCCUCUACACUGCUCACACUGGCCAUGCUGCCUCCCCCUACACACUGCCACCAUUCACAGGUACCACCAGCAGUACUUUGCUGUCCGGCAGUGGGCUGGGGGUGGAGGAGGUGAUGCAGCAGCAGGUGGCGCUUGUGAGGCAGUUCCUGGACAGCCAGCAGGUGAUGUACCAAGCCUACACCUCCACACUUGUCUCUUCCUUCCGCUACACCUCCCUGCGGCGCACUGAGAAGUACAUAAAGAAGAGGAAGGCGCCCCUCACUUUCCCUGAGGCAUACAGGCUCGUCAAGGAGGAGAUGGAGGCAUCUGAGAGAUGACAAUGCACAAGCUUCUAGUUAAUAAAGGUGUGCUGAAGAA